UUAACUCCAUUUACUGCCGCCACGACUCCCCAACGACCCUUUAGAAGUCACAGAGUCUCUUUGACCACGUUGAAUACGCCACAAUAAGAUUACGUGAGAGAGAUGCAAAUCAAUGCUAGAGACGUACCUAGCGUAAAAACUACUGUUUCCACGCCCAAAGAUUCUGGUCUAAAUGAUCAAAAGAACUUCGUCACUUUCGGUGAUGUUGGUGGCUUUGCUGGCCUUGGAGGGUUUGGUGGAGUUGGUGGUGGAAGUGGAUUAGGUGGUGCAACUGGACUAGGUGAACCUGGAGGCUUGGGUGGUGGCGAUCGUGGUCUGGGUUGCCUUGGUGGUGGUGUAGGCGGUGGAGUUCGGGGUGGAUCAGGCGUUAUUCCAUGCCCCUGAAGCAUCGGUUCAUCUUUGAUCUUUAAAAGACCAGUAUUUGUUGAAGAAAGAGUUGUAGUUUAUGGCUGUUAAGUUCGUUGUUGGAGUGUUUGGUAAUUGGUCUUAUUAUAUUCAUGUUUGUCUUGUAAGCGUCGUGUUUGAGUGGAUAAUAUUUACAAAACUUUGAUUGGCCAAUUUA